ACCAUAUUCUGAACAAGUCUCUCUCAACCAUGAGUGCCUUCUUCACAAUCUUCUUGUUCCUCCUCCCCAUCUUCCUUCUCCUGGCCAGGAGAAGGAGUUUACCAAAAGGGGUCCCUCCAGGUUCACUAGGACUGCCCUUAAUAGGCCAAAGCAUUGGCCUUCUCCGCGCCAUGCGAGCCAACACUGCUGAAAAAUGGCUUGAAGAGAGGAUAAAGAAGUAUGGUCCAAUUUCAAAGUUGAGCCUCUUUGGCCAACCAGCUGUCUUUAUUUAUGGACAGGCUGCAAACAAGCUCGUAUUCGCUAGUGAUGGCAGCACGAUCAGUAACCAGCAAGCAAAGUCUAAUCAGAUGAUAAUGGGUGAUCGGAAUUUGCUGGAGCUUAGUGGAGAAGAUCAUAAGCGUGUCAGGGGUGCUAUUGUAUCAUUCUUAAAGCCAGAAUCCUUGAAGCAGUAUGUGGGAAAGAUGGAUGCAGAGGUCAGGAAGCAUCUUGAGAUGCAUUGGCAAGGCAAGCAAAGGGUCACGGUAAUGCCCCUGAUGAAGACCCUCACCUUCAACAUUAUUUGUGGCCUUCUAUUUGGGGUUGAGCGAGGAAUCCGAAGGGAGAAACUUGUGGGCAGAUUCCAGGAAAUGAUAGAAGGAAUUUGGUCAGUUCCGGUUAACUUGCCUUUCACCCGCUACAACCGCAGUCUUCAGGCAAGCACAAAGAUCCAAAACAUGAUAAAGGAACUCAUGCGAGAGAAGGAGGUAGAACUUGAGAAGGGUGCGUCUCCUCAUCAAGAUUUCAUCACCUGCUUGCUCAGCAUUCGUGGCAAAAACAAUGAAGAAGUAAUUACAGAGAAGGAGAUUGUGGAUAAUGUCCUGCUUGUCAUGGUUGCCGGGCAUGACACUUCCGCUGUUUUGAUUACUUUCUUGGUGCGGCUUCUGGCUAAUGAUCCAGAUGUCUAUGCGGCUGUUCUGAAAGAACAUGAGGAGAUAGCAAAAGACAAGCCCUCAGGGGAGUUCCUAACAUGGGAAGACCUGGCAAAGAUGAAGUACACAUGGAGAGUGGCACUGGAAACUCUGAGGAUGGUUCCUCCGGUCUUUGCUGGGUUCAGGACUGUAUUGAAAGACAUUGAGUUUGGAGGAUAUCUUAUCCCUGAAGGGUGGAAGAUAUUCUGGGCGACAAGCAUGACACACAUGGACAAUAGCAUAUUCCCGGAGCCAACAAAGUUUGAUCCAACAAGAUUUGAAAACCAAGCAUCAAUUCCACCGUACUGCUUCAUUCCAUUUGGAGGGGGCCCUCGGAUAUGUCCAGGAAUUGAGUUUGCAAGGAUUGAAACCCUUGUUACCAUCCAUCAUCUGGUUACUCGGUUCAAGUGGAAGUUAUGCCAUACCGACAAUUUUUUCGGCAGGAACCCGACGCCAGCACCAACUGGAGGACUACCUAUUGAGAUUACAUCAAUGAACCUAAAGUAGUAUCAUCUGAUUGUCACUCCCUCCUCAAACCUUGAAACCUCACUAUUGCUGUUCCUAUUAGACUAAGAAUCCUCUAUCAACAAGUGCUAGACAAAAAUGCAUCCCUCAAUGUUAGAGCAUGUCCAAAUUAGGCAGGUUGGUUUGAUUCAGAACAUUCAGUCAGUGGUUUACCUCUAUGAAGUUCACAACAGGCCUUGUCAAUAAACAAAUGGUACAAUUUCACAUC